AUGCGUUGGGGAGGCGAGCUGCUGCUGCUGCUGCCGCUGCUGGGGCUAGCUGUCCCAUUACCCGUUCUGUUCUGUUCGGGUUCGUCUUCCCCUGCCGAGUCUGUGCUGCUGGAGGCAGAGGAUGAGGCGUUGUUGCUGCAACCGCUUGGCUUUGCUGUCCCCCGCCCUCCUGCAGCUGGGUCUCUUGCAGACCCUGCUGCACCAGGUACUGCUGCUGCUGGUGUUGCAAUACCAGGAGCUGAUGAGGAAGGAUCUGUUUCCGCUGCAGCCCCAGCAGCAACCCCAGCAGCAGGUGCUGAUGAAAGAGGGUCUGCUCCUGCUGCAACUCCUGCUGCAGGACUUUCUCCAGCUCCCGAUGCAUCUCCCCCAGCGUCUGGAGGUUCCGUCAGUUCCUCUUCUGCGGGUACACGGAGAACGCGUAAGACGAAUAGGAAGGGCCUCGCUUCCUCUCGAAGGGUCGGCCGACGAUCACGAAGAGCAAAGACAGAUAGGGGGGGCUCCUCUGCUGCUGCAGCAGAAAAGGCAUUAGCUAGGAGGAAGACAGCAACAACAACGGGAGUGUCUGUGAGAAGACACAAGAAGAGCUCGCAAAGAUCGCGCAGAGAGCGCUCGUCAGGGAGACGCAGCUCCAGGCGCCCGUCCGCUGCAGCAGCAGCAGGGCCGGCAACAGACAAAAAAGCAGCAGCAGCAGAAGCAGAUUCGAAAGGCACGAAGGUACCGAGUGCAGCAGCGGAGGGCGCGGAGAACAAAGUGGAUUCCAGACGCUCCCAGGAGUUGCUGCUUAAGAAGCCGCCAAAAUGGAGCUCUAGAGAUAUGCUGCAGCGACUGCAGCAGCUAAAGCCACAAAGAGGGAGAACAGUUAAUAAAAUUUUCAGAGCUCUUAGUGGCAUCUUGGGUGUCGUGGCACUUCUUGUGCUUUGCGCCAUCCUGUCUACUGUCAACAGCAACGGACCCGGACGUGACAUGCCAUAUAUCGCCAGCUCGCUGCGGUUUGUGUGGGUCUUCAGGAUGCUGUCUAUUUGCUUGGGGACCAGCUUAUUAAUGCAAGAGUUUCCCCCCAAAAAUUUGACACUGGAGGAGGUUAAUGAGGUUCUGGACGACAUAGAAAGGCAGCUCAAUGAGUUUGUCGCCAGGGACCCUAGAGAAAGAUACAGGUCGGCCGUCAGUAUAUUUGGCCCUCGCGGGUCCUACGACAGGAUCAAUGUGUACGAAGAAGAAGUGCGCAUAAAAUAG